GCCACACUUGCUGAUUCAAAACUGGAAGUGACUUCCCGGAGUACCAAAGCUUUUGCUUUUAAAACCGCCCGGAACGGGGAGAGGGUGCUGGGUGGGUGCUCAGCAGAUCUGGCAGAACCACGUCGGUCACAGGUGUCCUGCACCACCAGGGCAGAACCGUAAGCCAGCCGAGUCACCGCACAGAGCAAACACCGAUCAGGACACGCAAGGAGUGGGUGCAUUGCUGUAACUCACGGGGCUGUGCCUGGGCUCGAAGGCACCGCUCCCCGGCAGCGUCAGUGCCAGCCCGCCAGGCUGGUUCAGUUCCCUCUGUUUCUGUUGCAGCUCCCUGGGUGCGGCGUGGCAACCGGAGCGUGAUCAUGGCAGCCAAGGCUUUUAGCGCCUCUGAAGGAGGCCUUCUGCCUUCAUCAGCGGGUUUAGUCCUUACUUGCUUGAAUGAUUCUGAUAAGCUAAGUAGAUCCUACCCCUGGGGCGACAAGAGGAGGAAAAGUCGUCUCUCUGGACUCUGUCGGCUUAGAGCAUCUCUGUCUGGGGAGAAAUGGAGCUCUUACUGUUUGUCUUCACUGACAGCUCGUAACAUUUGUUCCAGCAAAACUGGUAACUCAUGGGCUCAGUGGGAUUCCACCUCUCUCUCUGCUUCCAUUGGAAGUUCUGCUUCUUGCUCCUUUUUGCAUGCCCCUGCUGUGGAGGAAUCCAGCCAGCACCUCCCAGCUGCUGCACGCAACCCAAACAAAGCCAUCUUCACCGUGGACGCCGGCACAACAGAGAUCUUAGUGGCUAAUGAUCGAGCCUGCAAGCUGCUUGGGUGCAGUAGUCAGGAACUCAUUGGUCAAAAGCUGUCCCACUUGAUAUCCAAACCCAGUCAAGAGGUGUGGGAAGCUGUGGGUGAGGAGUACCUAGAAACUUAUGAAUGGUCAUCGGUGGUUUCAGGAACUGUGAUGGAUGUUAGAGGCCGCCUCAACGAGAAGAUCCCUGUCUCGGUCUGGCAGAGGCAAAUCAGAAGCAAGGACACCCAGCGCUGUGUGGUUGUGCUGGAACCAGUGGAAAGACUUUCAGCUUCUGUUUGCUUCAGGGUUGACGGAGAGAUUACAUCAUGUGACCUCCUUUUUGCCCAUCUCCAUGGCUACCCAACAUUGGAAGAAGUAGUUGGGCUUCACAUAAAGGACCUGAUUCCUUCUGUGCAGAUCCCUCCUCUGGGCAAAAAAAUCCCAAAGAACCUCAGGACCCAGCGAGCUGCAGGCCGAUCCAGAGAGGGUAACGUGUUUCCUCUCAGUUUAAAGCUGCAAGCCAGCCUUCUGGAGGAGGACCAAGCAAGGGUGCAGAAGGAUGGGAUUCUGCAGACAGAAGGCUCUCUCCCAGGCUAUCAGUACUCUGCUACAGUUGUGGUUUUUUCCACCAUCAGUGGUCUUAUUACUGUCCAGUCAGAUGGAAUCAUCUGUGGCAUCAACGAUAGUUUUGCUUUAAUGCUCUUUGGUUAUGAGAAGAAAGAACUGUUGGGAAAGAACAUUACAUUCCUGAUUCCCGGUUUCUAUAACAACAUGGAGAGAAGCAGUGAGUGUUCUUUGCCUUUCCCUCCUCUGGAUGACUCCACGGGGACAGAGGAAAGGCACAUCUGCAUCAAAACCAAUGCACCCCACUGGAACAAAGAAGAGUUCCUAGACGGUUUCUUAGACAGCAGCUCCUUGGCUGCAUCUUUAGCACACCUUCUGUCACGAGAUGAAGAGCAGAAAUGGGAACAAAGACGCAAAGAUGACAAAUUAAUACAUGAUGAGAAUAAACAAAAGAGCGGGACCGGUUUCUUUUCUCCUCCCUCACCUCCUGAAGUGGCAUCCACCCCCACUAAUAGUUCUAGGCUAGAAGACAUUCUAAAUACCUCAUCCUAUGGCCCAGUGAAGCUGCCUUCUGUUGUUACCAGUAACUCACCUGGAACACCAACAAUGAAUGAGCCAUGGCCAGGGACAGCACUGGACUGCAGGCAAGACUUUCAAAGCCACGUGGUUACAGGUCAGGCAUCAAAAACAAACUCAAGGUGUGAUGCAGAGCAUUCCAGCCUUGAGCAGGUUGUUGUUGAAAACUGCCUGCUAAAUGAUGCUCCAGCCUUCUUUGCACAUGAAAGAAAUACUGUCUAUGAUGUUUGUUCAGCAAAUAAAGUGGGUCACAGUGCUUCUGCACCAGGAGCUGCCACAACCUCUGAAGAUGUUAAAGAAUCAGACACUGAACUGAACUGUAUUUGCUCUGGUCUUGAGGUACUGGGUCUGAAUACUCGUGUCAAGGGGAACUCAGACAAUUCUUUAGGUGUUACUGCAGCUCUUGUAGGAGCAUGCUCGUCUGAUGCAGUAGACUCCAAUAUGCUAACUGAGACAAACAGCACUUUUUCCGCUGGUCAAGGAAAGCAGCUGCUGAGUGGUGUUGCCACAGAAGCUGGUUCUGGGUGGCUGGCCUUCCAGGGGCAUUUACAAAACUCUGAAGAAUCCUCCAAAGCAUUUCCUGAGGCAGCCCAAACUCCUGCAGAAACCGUGGGGCACAGCGCCGGCAGAAACCCCCAGAAAGGCAAAGGGGGGCCUGAAGAACUCGGUCAGCUGCAGGGGCAGCAAAAUAUGGAGAGGAAAGUAACAUCAACCCCCGUGAAACAAGAAGGAAGGCUGAAUCCAGCAGCUCCUUUGAUCUGGGAGAUUCUGGAAGGCAGCUACACUGGGAAUUGCUGUCACAGAGACGGGUCACAGUUCAGUAUACUCUUUGAGGUGAAAUGUGCAGAACUGCAGGACCCCACUGUACUUUUCUGUGUCUGGGUGGUGAAAGACCUUUCGCAGAGCCAGAAGGAAGCUGUAGCAAAGACUCAGCCUUUGCUCUCCAGCCUAGCAAGCUCUGCCCAGUCUGUUGCUGAUCUUUCUACAAACAGUCUUGGAGAAGCCAUCAGAUCAACUUCACUUUUCAAUAAUUCCCGAAGAGCUGAAGAGCUCGGAGGAUUAAGAGCAUGUGAGGGAGAAUACACAAAAAAUUACAGCACUCUCAGUCUGAUUGGCAAAGGCGCUUUUGGCUUUGUCUGGACUGCCAGGAGCAAGAAGGAUCAUCAGGAGGUUGUCGUGAAGUUCAUCUGGAAGGAGAGGGUGCUGGAGGACUGCUGGGUAGAUGAUCCUGAGCUGGGGAGAGUCACUCAAGAAAUUGCAAUCCUGCUGAAGCUGCAGCACCCCAGUAUCAUUAAGGUGCUGGAUGUAUUUGAAAAUGAAUGCUUUUUCCAGCUGGUGAUGGAGAAGCAUGGCUCGGGUCUGGAUCUCUUCACAUUCAUUGAUAAUCAGCCCAACUUGGAUGAGCCAUUAGCGAGUUAUAUAUUCAGACAGCUUGUCUCAGCUGUUGGGUAUCUCCACUGUAGGAACAUCCUUCACAGAGAUAUCAAGGAUGAAAACAUUGUCAUUGCUGAAGAUUUCACAAUUAAAUUAGUGGACUUUGGUUCAGCUGCCUACCUGGAACCUGGGAAAUUGUUUUAUACCUUCUGUGGGACAAUUGAAUACUGCUCACCAGAAGUGCUGUCUGGCAAACCGUACCAUGGCCCCGAGCUGGAGAUGUGGUCGCUUGGCAUCACCCUUUACACCUUGGUGCUUGGGGAGAAUCCCUUCUGUGAGCUGGAGGAGGCCCUGGCAGCUGUCCUGAAUCCUCCUCACCCUGUGUCAGAUGGUCUCAUGGAUCUCAUGGCUGGGCUUCUGCACCCCAUUCCAGAGGAGCGCACGACUCUAGCUGUGCUAGCCGAGGAUCCUUGGCUGCGGCAACCCGUGAACCUGGCUGAUUACACCUGGGAAGAGGUGUACAUCUCUGCUGAGCCAGGUGAGACCACCUCCUGAAGGCUUCUUCAUCCAGCAAUGAUUUAUUGAAGUCUGAACUGUGUUAGUGGGGUAGUUCCCAACCGAAAGUUGCCUGCUGAUACCCAUGUGUGCCCAGUUUAUUAGUGUUCUUACCCAGGACGUGCUUCAAAGCUGUGAGGCCAAGAUUUUAAUGUUGUUCAAAUUGUCCAUAACUCAGAAUAUAUAUUUAUUGUCUGCUUUUACUUUUUAUACGUAGUUUUUGUAUCUUUCUAAAAAGUGAAGGAAUAAAGUAGUGGUAAUAC